AUGAGCUUCGGGAUCCCCCAACCCCACCUCGCCGUAAUCGGCUCCCUAAACAUCGACUUCGUCACAACAACACCACGCUGCGCCCAAGCAGGCGAAACCCUAACAGCAACCUCCCUCACCAUAACAGCGGGUGGAAAAGGCGGAAACCAAGCCGUCGCAGCCGGCCGCGCCUCGUUUAUCUCCUCAAACAAACAAGACGGAUCUGUUCGCAUGAUCGGUGCUGUGAAAGUGAACGAUCCGAAUUACAAAACACUCCUGGAACCUACACUCCAAACAUCAGGCGUCUGUACAAAUGGUAUUGCGCUUCUAUCCGAUGCCAAUGCCCAGACUGGAUCAGCGACUAUCAUCGUCGAAGAAGACAGCGGCGAGAACCGGAUCCUUGUUGUUCCUGGUGCGAAUCAUAGCGGUAUGACAGAUGUUGACAGAAUUCAUUGGGAAGUCAUAGAUCAGACUACCAUGCCUUUACCACAGGUUGUUGUUCUACAAGGCGAGAUUCCACGAGCAACUACGUUGUGGGCUUUGGAAUGCUUCAACCGUGCCGAAGGGUUUCCUCAUGUGGUCUUCAAUCCCGCGCCUGUUUAUCCCGAGGGGAUUCCGUUGGAGGCUCUUCUGGGGACUUCGGUGCUGAUUAUGAACGAGACUGAAGCUGGACAGAUGUCGCAGACUAUUGCUGGUUUCUCAUUUUCUGGUCCCGUUCAGGAGGCUGUUGAUCUGGGUGGAUUGCGGCCAGAGGAAUUGGCUUCGAGAUUUCAUAUGCUUGCGCGCGUGCAAGUCGUACUUAUUACGCUUGGUGCCAAGGGUGUCUAUUUCUCGACUAGGAGUGGUCGGUCUGGUUAUGUGAAUGGAGUCAAGGUUGCUCAGGUCGUUGAUACUACUGCUGCGGGUGAUACUUUCGUCGGGUAUUUUUCAUCGGACUUUGCGCGGUUCGUUGCCACUGGGGCGAAAUUGGAGAUGUUCGACGAUGUGAUUGAAAUGGUGGUGGAGAAAGCGAAUUCGGCUGCUGCAAUGUGUGUGCAGCGGAAAGGCGCCAUGCAGAGUAUCCCGUUUGCGUAUGAAUUGCAAUGA